AAAAGUAAAAUGGGACCGCCGCAUAAACCAUUUGGAGCAGACAGCCUGAGGCAUGGCGGAGAUCAGUCGCGGGUUUCCAGAGGACGUGCUGGAAUAUUUGCUGUUUCCUCGAAUCCCAAAGCAUCUUAAUGGAAUCGAAUUAACUCGUUAUUUAGAGAAGUGCUGUGAUUCUUAUAUUGGCCAUCUUGGGCCAGUCUUGAUUGGCUAUAUCUGGCAAAAUGAGAGUUUUUCUCUUCGCCCCGUUCACAACAAAGGUGGAAUUCCUCCACACCUGUAUGGCCGGACAAACUUCGGUGACAACAUCGAUGAUGAAUGGUUUAUAGUAUAUCUUUUGUUCGAACUGAGCAAAUACUUUCCAGACCUUGUUAUCAAGGUAAAUGACAAUGAUGGGGAAUUCUUGCUGAUAGAAGCAGCAGAUGUCUUGCCUAAAUGGCUGACUCCAGAAACUGCAGAAAGUCGGGUGUACAUCUUUGGUGGCAACCUGCAUGUUAUCCCUAUUCCCCAGACACCCACUGAAGUGACACAGUUUCCUUUGUUCACACCCUCUGUGGAGGAGGCACUGGACAUCAUAUAUAACAGCAGUCUCAACACUGUAGCUCCUCAAGUGGUGCAGACAACCUUGCGAAGACGCAUUGAUCAUUUUCCAGCAAAGAUCAAAGAAAACACCCACUACACAAAUGUGUAUGUACCCGUGAGUGUGGCAGCCUUGCUGAAAGAAUACCCAUGUCUUGUAUCUGAUGCUGUCAGGGCAUUUUACUACAGAGAUCCCUUUGAAUUGAAGGUUUGCCGAACCAUGAAUCAUUUCAAGCCAGAAAAUAUGAUUGUAACAAGAGUACAGUUCACCCGCUGUCUGUAUGCACAACUCAUUCAACAGAAAUUUCAGCCAGACAAACGCAGUGGCUGGGUGUUACCAAGCACCUCGAAUCCCAAGUUCACAGAACAGGACCUGGGCAUGAAGCUGGCCCAUGGCCUUGAAAUUUUGUGUGCCAAACAUGGAGGUAGUGGACCAACAUCAAAUGGUGUAGAAGUUCCCUCUGACAGAUUUGCACAGUUCCUUAAAUCUCUCAAGGACAAGGGAUAUUUUAGGGGAGAAAUUGAAGGCUCCAAACUCUAUAAGCAGCUUUUUGAUGAGGCGAAAAAAUUUUAUCAGUCACAAAUUGUUGUAUCUGAAAAGAGUGAAUCCAGACCAGCUAGAGAAAUAUUAAAAUUUCUGCAAGGCCUUAAUCAUGACGUUGGGGUUUGGAAGGCUCAUGAAAAAUCUCUGCCUCAACCAGAUGAUGACAGCUGGUUGGAGCUGUCACCUGAAGGUCUGGAUGAAAUACUUCAUUCAGCAGGCAAUCACAAAGCAACUACAAAUGCUGAUGUGUUAGAUUUAAACAAAGUGGCAGAGAGCAUGACUGCUUUUGUAGAAAUCUCCAAUAUUGAGGGUGCAGAGUUUCCAAGGUAAACUUUUCAAAACCAAGAUGGGGAUGAUGGAGACAUUGAAUUUGAUGGUACAGGAUUUAUUCAUGCCAUGCAAAAAAUGUUUGAAUUCAAAGAUGAUGAAGAUGAGUCCAGCUCUGACAUGAGCGAGUAUGAUUGGGAAGAGGAGAGUGAUGAGGAUCUGGGUUCUCCAACCAAGAUGCCAGGCACACGUCCAGCCUCAAAAGGCUGCAGGCCAGGUGUAUCCCAGUCAUCAAAACAAAGAAAGGACCCUGAAAUAGCUGCCAUCAUGCAAGCCAUGGAUAGGGAGCUGGCAAGAACUGAUCUUGGGAAAAGCUUUGAGACAGAACCACCCAGACCUUCACCAAGAAAAUUCCAACCAAAACCAAAGAAAGAGGGUAAAGCCAGCAGCAGACCAACAGAAGCCCCACCCAUUCCACCACCAUCAGCUCACCCACAACCACCUCCUCGAACCAAAAGGUCAGCAGGAAGUGCCAGCAAACAAAGUGGAUCAUCAGACAAACUACUCCACACUUCUGGAAGACCUACUCAAGCCCCACCAGCACCUCCUAGGCCUUCCCAGAUUGCAGUCCGAGGAGGCAGUGCUCAGAAGGACAUUGAUGAUGAGGAUGAUGAGUUCAGACCUGUCAACAUUGACCUGAAUGUUGUCAAAAACACAUUAGAGUCAUACAAAGCUCAGCAAGGUCUGUCUGGUCCAGCUUCUAACAUUUUACACAGCAUGGGCAUCCGAUUACCUCCAGAUGAAGGAAAAAAGUAACUCUAAAAUUAGAGAAGAAAUAAACUGGACAGUGGUAAUUUUAUGAAAAAUAAGUGCACGUUCCCUCUUCAUCUUCAACAGCUAUUUCAUUCCAUAAAUAGCACUAAUGACUACAGCUGUAUGAUUUGACAGAAUUUGAUUUCUAUAGGUGACUAGUAGUUUUUGGAAACAAUCUUUGCACCAUAGUGGAUUAUGAUUUUUAGUGAGUUCCAGAUUCCAUUGACUAAGCAAAUAAAAGCAAAACAAAGCAAAAAAUGAAACAAGUGAUAAAAAGUUUCUUUAAGCUCACACUGUUAUCAGUAUUUUCUUCUUUGCAUUAGUCUGUCUGUUGAGCAACAUCAGUUUAGAUAAUGGGCAUGGAUUUGCAUGUGUCUUCUUAGUGUUUUUACAUUGUAACAAAGUAACCAUUCUUGCACAAAUGUUGCUACAACUUGACAAAUUCACAUCCUCAGUUUUUCUGAUGACUUUGCACAAAAUCCUUUAGAUGUGGAACAAAUGCAGAUUCCUUGAAAAACUUUCACAUUUAAUAUUAGUAACUGCUUCUUGCAUCUGCAAGUAAAUAAGUAAAUCCCUUGACCUCACCUGCCCAAGCAGACCAUUACAAAUUAGUAAUUACUUUAGAGCUCAAUAAUCUUAAUAAAUAAAGUUUCUUUCCAAACGUUUUAUAAGAUUCAUCAUCUUUUUUUUUAAAUAUCUGGCAGUUCCAUGACCUACAUACAAGUAUUUUUUUCCACUUUAGCAGUGGUCUAAAACUUUAAAGAUCAACCUGAGUGGUUUGCGUUGUUUUCAGAUAUCAGAGGUUACAAACAGUAAAAACCUAACCUGUAAAUUUCAGCCUCCAAAACCCAUCUGUUAUUAAUUAUCCACUACAAUUUGCACCUGUGAUCAAUGGGUGCUGUAAAAGUGUACUACGUCAUGCUAGUGCACCAUUCACAAGGUUGCCAGUGGCCAACACCAAUCAGAGAGAGAAUGAGCAACCGUUCGAAUUAUUCAGACUCUGACAGUCUGCAUUUUGCAUUUUUCAUGGUUCUGAACUCUUUAGCAUGACAAAUGCAGACUUUCAACAUCCUAAUAGUCCAAACUGUCACUCUGUUGUUGACAGCUGGCAAUGUUGUGAAUGAUGUACCAGCGUGAUAUUGUACACUAUUAGCAGCACUCGAUUGCAGGUGCGAAUUGCAUACUUAGCUAGCAGAUAAUUAAUAGAUCAGUUUUGGAAGCUGAAAUUUACAGGUUAGAUUUAUCAUCUGUAUCUAGUGACAUCUGCAAAAAAACUUAACCUAUUCAGGUUGGUCUUUAAGCUUGAUUAAAGGCUGCAAGAAGAAUUCUUGGCUGAUAUAGUUUUGUGGACAUGAAUUGCAUUUAAGUUCCAUGACUAAGUUUUGUUUACUCACUUGUUACUUUCAAACAUUCCUUAUGUCUGAAAGGCAUAAACGACUUAAUAAGCGCCAAAUUUUGUAGAAUAGGGCAAUUGAGAUUAAAAUCUUUAUGGUGAAUAGUCUACCUUCUUAGAUUCUGUUUACAUGAAUCACAUUGCUGUUUAACCCCCAACUUUCUUUGAUACAGAUAAAUGGCUACCAUUAUCAAGUUGUUUGAUUUUUAAAAUGUUUAGAAGAAAGUGAAUGUAUUCACAUCUAGAAUUUGAUCAGCUAUGGGCAGUUCAGCCUUUAGACGUGCAAAUGUAUACAGAUGUGCCUGUAGUCUUGUGCCAGUUUUGAGACUUGAUGGAUCACCUGAACAAAGUGAGCAAUCCAUGAAAACUGUUCUAGGUUAUGACUUAAUGUACUUGUGUGUAAUGAUUUUUGCAUUUUUUAUUGAAUUUUUUAUUAAUGCAUUUGUACUUAUGCUAAUCUUUGCCUUUGUAAAAGUAAUUGAAGAGUUUACAUUACUUGAAAAUUUCAUAAAAUUACUUUAUUGAAAGGCAAGAACUUUUACACCAAUGAUACUCAUACUGAACACUUUGAUGCAACCAUGUUUGAUUAACCUUACAAAAUAAUCCUCAUCUUAAGUCCUAUUCCAUUAAUGUUUAAUCAAACAUUAUUUAAAACUGUCAACCCAACAUCUAAUCUCUUUGUACACAGACAGACAACCAAUUAUUCAGUUCAGUUUUAAAGAAGAAAAGAAUACAAUGACUUUAUAAAUUAGUUGCAACACCCACAAAACAUACAGUAUAUCUGUUGUCCCAAAAUGAUGAAUGAAUCAGUCAUUGUUUAACUGAAUCAUACGCUGUUACUGGAACAUCUAAGCUUUUGCCAGAUAGAACAUGAAUAGAUGGCUAACAGAGAAGGAAAUUGGUGGUGUGGGGAAUAGGAGAGAAGGAAUGCUGAACAUUGUUGGAAUGCAGGUUUUUCAAACAUUUAUCUGCUGUUGUGUUUAUUUGUGAAAGGACGUUUGACCCACGGGGUCCGGUGGCGUAACAGUUAGCGCCUGUCACCAAUACAGUGAAGGUUGUCUGUCCUGGGUUCAGCUCUUGUCUCGGGCACGCUGUUCUUUCUCUGCAAGGGGCAUUCAUUUACAGGGCUGGCUGCCUUGCCGUGAUAUACAUGUAGCCUUAGUUGCUGGCUUGGCAUAAAACACUUAUUCCUUCCCCCCCCCCCACUUUCCCCAACCCACAUUUUGAUGGUGCAUUCAUUGUCAGAUUUUAAAACUUUUGUUGAAGCAGUGAGGAAUAUGCCAUUUGUCAAGGGACCUGCAUCAACAUUGCAGUUAAGGUCCUAAUUUUUUUGUGGUUCAUGUGGAUAAGAGUGAUAAGUCUUCAGUGGCUCAUUUUUAUGCAUUGAUGAACAGAUGGAAGACUGACUUAUUACAAAACUGUUUAAUUAAUGCAAUAUGAAUGUUUAAGUCUAAAGUAUGAUUGUACUGCACUAUCACCCUGAUUCUAAAUGCCAAGGUAAAAUGUGAAUGUACAUUGUCAGCUGCUGAUGAUUUAAAAAAGCAACAUUUUUUUUGGUAUUAUGUCAUUUCACAUGUUGUGAAGUAAUUACUACCUCCAUUUGCAUUUUUUUUUUGGUGGGUAGUGGAAAGAGAAAAUGGUAAGCUAGCUGAAUAUGCUUUAUACAAAUAAUUCUUGCAGUAUAUGGCUCUUGUUUAAUAAUUAGUCAUUAAGUAAAAUCAGAGAAUAUUAAUGCUAAUGCUUGUUUUUGAAGUCAAAAGUAGUUUUAUAGGUGUUUUGCUGUAUUAAUUUCUGACAUUAACAGGCGUCAGAACUUCACUAUUCAGAGUGUUUGGUGAUUGGAAUAAGCAGCUAAGGUUUACAUCAUCAUCAUCAUCACUUUCUGCUUUUUAAACGAACUGAGUGCUAUCAUGGCUUUAGCAGAAUACUUUGUGAAUGUGUGCCUUGUGUUGGAAAGUGUUUGUAUGUGGGGAGAAUUCCUAUUUUGUGAGCUUUGGGGAGGACCUAUUGUUGUGCAAACAGGUCGGUGGUAUGUAUCCCAAAUUGGUUUGCAGAGAGUGGCUCAUAACUGAGAUGAUGUUGCCAAACAUUGGAAAGCAUUAUUCACAAAAAGCAUCUUUUGCAAAAAUAGACAAAUGUAUGUCCAAUGUAAUGCUAACAAAACUCACCAUAGACAUUUCUUAGUCUUUAUGUUGGUAAAAGAUUUUUCACUGUAAAGUUUACUUUCUUGUAUGCAUGCUUUAUAUGCUCGAUGUUUUGUAGCAUCAAGUACAUAGAGAUAUAUGUAGAAGGCAGUAUUAUUGUAUGUUACUUUGGUUGUGAUUCUUUGAUUGCCUAGCUUUUAGGUACUCCAAAAUGUCUUAAUUGUUGAGGAUGUCUUACAAAAUAACCAUUGAUUUGUGAUUGCUUUACAUCUGCCGGUGCAGGAAUAUGCAGCUGUUGUAUGUUUUUUUUAAACAUUUCAAUGCUUGCUUCUUAAAUGUUUUUGCAGCAGAAUUACAAUUCAGUGAACUUGCAUAAUCAAAAUGAAGUAAACUUUGCAUACCUAAAUCUUUAGAGUGGCUUUAAGGUUUCACAACAAAUGAAUAAAUGAAUGACUCAUGCCAGUUUGACACACCAAAGUCAGGCAAUGUGUUGCCCCGGAGAUGUGGUCGAAGGCAUGCAGAAAAACUAUGGAUUAAGUCAAAAACAAAGAAGACCAACAUAGCAUACAAGUAAAUUGUGUGACAUGAAAGCACUCAUUUUCUGUCAAAAUGUUAAUUCUUUGACAGGCCUUGCCUCAGGCCCUGCAUAAAGCCUCUGGUGGUAAUCAAAGAAGAUAUAUGCUAAUAUGUUUAUACUAGAAUUUUUGAUUUGUUUAUGCAACUGCACAAGAUGGCAGCAUGUAUCAUAAUUAUCUAAGAUUUCAUAAUGAUCCUCUAUCAACAUUGCUUGUGAUCUGCUUCUUCAGUCAUAGCAGCUAUGACAUUUUGCUGUCUCAGAGGACAUUCCAGGCAUCGCCUUUGCUUCUAGUCAAGGUUUUGUUUAUGUCUGUGAUUUGUUCUUAAUUGUUUCUCCUUGGUCACCAUCAGGUUGCAGGUUCUGUCUACAUUAACAGAUUUUUGUGAAAAAAAGUCUGUGGGAGCUUUAUGAGGGGGAUUUCAACUAUUGUCUUCUUUAUUGACUACCCUCAUGUUUAAAUAAGAUCAAAAGCAGUAUUUUAAAAAUGACAGUCUUUCAGAAGUGCAUAUUUGGGACAGUAUGUCUCGUGUUGUUCUGUGACCUCCAUGUUAUUUUUCACCAUGAUCGUCGCUGUCUUCUCAGUUUUCCUUUAGAAACAGGUCUAUGGAUUCCUCUUCAGAAAUGGAAAGAUCAGGAUUUUUUUUCUUUCUUUCUUGAUGCGUAACCCUGACAAUGGUCUAAUUGGUGUCUUUAGAUAUACGUCUUCUUGCUUCUUAAAAUGAUUGGUCCUAGAAAGUUACCCUUUAAAAAAGAAAAUCAGGAUUUAGUCUCACUGACUUUAGUUUCAGAGACUGAUUCAUAUAGCUCCACUUCAUUCAUAUAAAUAUAUCUUUUUUUAAUGCUAGCAGCAACAAACCCCUCAAGUUGCAAUGAAAUGUUUUAGUGUUCCUUUGUCAUAAUCCUGAAGCAUUUUAAACACAGUGUAGAUGCUCUUAAAUAGCAGCACCACCCUUUGGAAACAGUAUAUUGUUCAUUUCAUGUACUUUUAAGAUGUGGAUGUCACAGCUUAGUAGUUAUUCUUCUAAGACUUGUUACAGUGUGAAGUAAUAUGGGCAUGGAAAUGUGCAUUUUUCAGCCACGCAGGUUGUGACAUUUGUAAUGGCAGCAGCUUGUACAAUCAUCUUUUUACCAACUCUUGUCACAUGUUGCAAAAGCCAUCAGCAGCAGGCACUUGUACGCAGCCUUUGCGUGUGAGGUGGAGAAUGGGUGGAUAAGCAGGAAGUGUAACAGCUUACAGGCAAAAAGCCUUACAAAUGCAUUUCUUACCUUUUGUUAAAGGUAAAUAUGAUUGUGGGUUAUAAUAGCCUCUCCCCAUUUCAUACUUUUAGUUAGAAAAGAUUUUUUUUUUUUUUUGCUGCAUCCCCUGAAAACCCUUCAGACCUGAAGAAGUUUCCUUGACAAAAAAAUUAGCUUGUACCUUUACAGUAAGUUAAUGGUUAUUUUUAUUGAAGCUUAUGGCAUUUUGUUUGGUAACAGAGAUGAAAGGGAAAAUCAUUACCCAGUAAACAUUAAUAUGCAAACUUUUAAA